AAUGGCGGUUGUUGUAGAGACCAGUUAGCUUGCUGCCCGUGUUACCUUGCUAGAUAGCUAGCACCAGUGUUGUCACGACAGCCUUGUGCUCGCUCGUGCUUACAGUUAACAAAACGAGUUACCAGUAACGGACAUUUGUUUGUUUUUAACGGCAAUGAACGGGCGUUCUGUGGCGGUUUGAAACGUUAUGUUUUUUCGACAAGCGGCUCUAAACCAAGUCCCUGAGUACAUGACGGUUACUACCCAAAAGGGAGCUCACAUAAGGAUAGCUAAGUUAAAAGUGUAACUAAUUAGCUAGCGUAUGGGUUAGUGUACAGGAAAGAACGGGGUUGGAACAAUAAACGGCAACUGAAAUAUCGUUGUCGGUAAUGUAAAGUUGAAAGCAGGUGGCGGACAUUUAAUAUUUGAGGGGCGUGGCGAAGGAGGGCGUUUUGCAGGUGCUUUGAGUUCAGUUGAACGUGUUUGUUCACCUAUUUACCACACGAAAAAGUUUAUACAUCUGCAAUAAGGCUAAACUGACCAUAAACGCCAGGAUUAAACAUCCUCAUCUGGCUUUGCAAACACAGAUGGUGAUUCUCAGCUCUUGUAAUGGCCACCUCAGGCUACGUAGGUGAGAUCCAGCCAGCAGCCCAACCCCAGGGGGCCGGUGUUACUGUCACACCGGGGCAACCUGACGCCAGCUCUACCCCUGCACCUGCCCCUCAGUUUCUGGCUGAGAUCCAGACGACUGUGGCCACUCCCACUGUCGUCACACCCACAGGCCAAACUACUCCCACUGAUCAAGCCACCUCCAUUGCCACUCCGAAGCCUGCAGAUGGUAGUCAAGCCCAGUCCACAGCACAGGCCCAGCCUGCUCAGACACAGUAUGUGACUGCAGAGAUCCAGGGCUCCCCCACACAGUCUGGAAAUGCCCAAAGCACUCCUCAGUACAUUGUUGUUACAGUCACAGAGGGCUCCCUUCACUCAAGUGACAGCGUAUCGGACUCUAGCCCCCCUCCAGCUGUGGUGCAGACAGGAGUUCCGACACAGGUUGUUCAGCAGGUGCAGACGGCUCAACAGAGGUCCGUGGUGCAGGCCACCUCUCAGAUAGCCAAGACUGAGCCAGGCACCCAGCUGAGUGUCACCAGUCUACAGCCUGUUCAUAUCAGCCAGGAGGUCCAGCAGCAACUCACAUCAGUGCCAGUGCAACAUGUGUACACCAAUCAAGUGCAGUAUGUGGAAGGAGGAGACAACAACUACACCACCAGCACCAUCCGUUCCAGCACCUUUCCUUACACUGACACACCUCUGUACACCCAGACCACAGCUGCCCAGUAUUACGAAGGGCAGCCAACUUCAGGCUCACAGCCCUCCACCCCUGGCACACCUCUAACCGUCUCCGUAACUGCUGGCACAACGGGGGGGGUGUCCAUGUUUGUUGCCCAGCCCACCAGUGCAGCAGGGGGAGGGGCCACAGUGGUGACCACAGGUGGUACCACCAAUGGGGCAGGGGAAGGGGCAGGCACCAACGGUGGCGCAGCAGGCAGCUAUGUGAUCCAGGGGGGUUACAUGCUGGGCAGCAGCAGCGGAGGGGCAGCUGGCAACAGUCAGAACUACUCACACACCGCCCGCGCCUCCCCAGCCACUGUGAGUAUUACAGAGGGCGAGGAGAGUAGCGUGCCGUCGGCAGACAAGAAGGUACAGUGGUUGCUGGACAACUAUGAGACAGCUGAAGGAGUGAGUCUGCCACGUUCCACCCUCUACUGCCAUUAUCUGCUGCACUGCCAGGAGCAGAAACUAGAGCCUGUUAAUGCUGCCUCUUUUGGAAAACUCAUCAGAUCUGUGUUCAUGGGGCUACGCACACGGCGACUGGGGACACGGGGUAACUCUAAAUACCACUACUACGGACUGAGGAUCAAGGCAGGCUCUUCUCUUCUCCGUCUGAUGGAAGACCAGCAACAUCUGGCCAUGAGGCAGCAGCCUUUCUCACAGAAGCAGAGGUUGAAGCCUGUGCAUAAAGUAGAGGGCAUGACUAAUGGCACAGCAGCAGGAGCAGGUCAGCAGCAGCAACAGCAGCAGGGGUCAGGGCAGGUGGACAUCAGCACCCAGGUUCAGCAGUACCAGCAGUUCCUAGAUGCAUCCAGAGCUCUCCCAGAGUUCCCAGACAUCGACCUCCAGGGGAAGUCUCUGCCAGAGGGAAUUGAGCUUGAGCAUAUAAAGAGCUUUCAGCUGCUGUACAGAGAACACUGUGAGGCCAUACUAGAUGUGAUGGUCAACCUGCAGUUUACCCUGGUGGAAACUCUGUGGAAGACCUUCUGGAGGUUCAGCCAGAGUCAGGCUGGAGAUGCCACGUUGGCUGUUCAUGAUGAGUCAGAGAAGCGCCUCCCUAAGUCCUGCUUGGUGUUGCUGUGCAAGUAUGAUCCGGUGCUGCGCUGGAGCCGGGACUGUGACAACAGCCUGUACCAGGGCCUGGUGGAGAUCCUCAUCCCUGAUGUCCUCAGGCCCAUCCCCAGUGCCUUAACUCAAGCCAUCCGCAAUUUUGCCAAGAGCCUGGAGAGCUGGCUGACCAAUGCCAUGAUGAACAUCCCGGAGGAAAUGGUCCGCAUCAAGGUAACAUCAGCCAAUGCAUUUGCCCAGACACUGCGUCGCUACACUAGUCUGAAUCACCUUGCCCAGGCAGCCCGCGCUGUCCUCCAGAACACGGCCCAGAUCAACCAGAUGCUCUCCGACCUCAACCGUGUUGACUUUGCUAACGUCCAGGAGCAGGCUUCAUGGGUGUGCCGGUGUGAGGACCGUGUUGUCCAGCGGCUGGAGCAGGACUUCAAGCUGACCCUCCAGCAGCAGAACUCCCUGGAGCAGUGGGCCGCGUGGCUGGAUGGUGUGGUCUCCCAGGUCCUAAAGCCCUACCAGCAGAGCCCUGCCUUCCCCAAGGCCGCCAAGCUUUUCCUACUCAAGUGGUCUUUUUACAGUUCCAUGGUGAUCAGGGACCUGACCCUGAGGAGUGCGGCCAGUUUUGGUUCCUUUCACCUGAUCCGCCUGCUGUACGAUGAGUACAUGUACUACCUGAUAGAGCACAGAGUGGCCCAGGCCAAAGGAGAGACCCCCAUUGCUGUCAUGGGAGAGUUUGCCAGUUUAGGCCGGGGUUUAAACCAGCUGGAUCCUGACAAAGAAGAGGAAGAGGAAGAAGAGGAGGAGAGCGAUGAGGAAGGUCAGGAGCUGUCCCUUCCCUCGGACGCUGCCGUGCUGGGAGACGAAUCUCUGGAGCCGCCUGCCAAGCUGGCCAGAAUGGACCAGAGAGUCCUCUUCACAACCGGAUCAGCUGACAACUAACCACAGAGUAACACUACUAGACGUGGGUUGAUUAUAUCGAUUAUGCACACAAACACAAAUACACACACACACACACACACAGAUGUACAAAGAACACUAAUUUAUACACUCGACACAUGUAUAUAGAUCUUGUAAAUGUGUGUGCGCGCACUGUCGCUGCAUACUGUAACUGUCCCACCUGUUGACAGGCACACACAGUCGAAACAUUGAGUACUGCUGCAGAAGGAUGUGGCUUGAAACCCCCCCGAGAGAAACACAGAGCAUUUUAACCCUCAGUUGUAUUGAUCUGUAAAAAAAAAAAAAAAAAAAGAAGCCAGGCAUGUUAUUUUCUUUCUUUGUGUCAUUGCAUUGCAACCUGUAGCCUCGCUGUCUCCUCGAAACUUCAGCUCACCCUCGAUCCUCCUAAAACUGUCACUGCCGUAUCAAAGUGGUCUUGAAAAUACUGUGAUGUGUGUGCGUGUGUGUGUGCGUGCGUGCAUGUGUGUGAGGUAACUUCAACAGGACGAGGGUGCAAAGUGGACCUUCAGCAGUAAACAGUUGCUGAUUUAGUUGUCACUAAUUCAUUGUAGGAAACUGUCGUUAAGAGGGGGAGAGACAUUUGUGAGAGACAGCAGGCGGUCGGGAUUUUUGUGUGGGUUUGUCUUAUUUGUGUGUGUGUGUGUUUUCUGUCUGAACACAGGGGGUCACACCGCUCUGCUGUUACUCCUGGAGGCUGACCGAACAUGCUUUUUUUCCCCAUGAUGGCGUGCGUACAAGUGUGUGUGUGUGUGUGUGUGGUUGUGUGCUUGUGAGUCAUGCCAAGUGUUGACUGUUUUCCUCUUGUAGAUAUUUUGUAAGGCAUUCAGGUUUUGAUUUUGGGAGACGUGCGUAGCUUUCCCGUUUUAUUGGAUUCGCCUGUUAAGAAAACGUUCUUGUGUUCUUGGAGUGCCUGUCGCAGCUGCUAUACACACUUGUAAAGAUAAAGCUACGGCUGUGGAAUUGGGGCUCCCGUUAGUUGCUGCAAAAAAUCCUCUCUCUUUUAUUGAACAUCUGGUUCCACGAGGGAGGUACUGUAUGUGUCAUAUUUUUACGUUCAAAGUGCUUCAUUCCCGUCCAUCCAAUCCUCUGUGGCCUCAUUUUUCCUUUGACGUCGUUUUUUCGCCUUAUUUCAGUAUAUUUUUCCAUGUGUGUGCCAAACCUGUUUGCUUUGAUCCCAUUGUCUUUAAAUUAUCUAUGUUUUAAGGAGGACUGUGCCUGAGUAAGAACCGUGAUAUACUUAUAUUCUACUGUAUAUUUAUCCACUAUUUUGAAUUUCGUUGUCACUAAGUGAACCUCUUGUGCAGUGUAUGGUGCUGUGUUGUCACACAUUGUAAGCAACCUUUGUGUGCAUUAUUGAUUUGUGAUUGUACGUUCGGUUACCAAUCCUAAUAUCAUAUCUGAUGACUUUUCCACAAACAGGCUAAGGCCCUGCCUCUUUGCACAUACUGACUAUUGUCUUUAAAAGCUCCGACAGAGUUAUCUGAAAUGUUUCUCAUUUUCUUUGAAGUCUUAGGUGUGUUUUGUAACGGUGGGGGUGCAGGUGUCAGAUUUCGUGUGAACAUCUCCUGCUCACCGCUGCGUGGUGAGAGGCGAGAUGGCUCUUUCUGCACAGUCCUCCACCGACACUCAUCUCCCUCCACUGUGCUUUCAUCUCACUGCGUUUCCGCCCUCCUGCCAAUGGCUUUGUUUUGCUUCAGACAUCCAUAUUCUUAAACACUGUUCGUCGAGAUUGGUUGUUGUAGACAUGUCAUUUUUUGGAUUUUUUGAAUACAAAGUCUUCAAAUAGCUGCGAUGCACACGUUUUCAACAAGCAUCGCCAGCCCUCAAACCAGCACAUCAUCCUUUACAUGGAGUCUAACGCUACCACAGCUGAGUACAUAUCACUCCAGUCUUUUAACGAUCUACAGCAUAUAGAAUGGCCAUUGUUUACCCAGUAAGAAAAAAUGUUUAGUCAUUUUUAUAGUGCAUUGUUUCUUAUGUACAAAACAAAUUGAGAAAAAAGAUGUUCAGUGGCAGUGUUUUAUGAAUUUGGUCUACUAUAAGUAUGACUGUGCCUUUGGAGGUGGUAGAAUGCAAUUCAGAUGUUUUUAAUUUUAAAGAUAUAAAUUAAAGAAUUUUUAAAAUUGCACUCUUGUAGACAUGUUUGUUUUGAACAGUGCAGUCACACAACUCAGCACAUCAGUGUUCCUAAUCAUUGUGGCAAACAGAUAGACAGGGUGUGGGUCUGACGUGCAGCCGCAGUCUGACUAAAUCUGACACUUUGGUUUAACAAACAGACUUCCUGGCUUGUACUCGCACACAAACAUACACACUUGUCUGUUAUCACUUCUGCUGCAAUGUACAAAGUAGGACACUGGAACAGAAACCACAAAUCCUUUCACAUAUAUUCUAUGAAACCAAAAGAUGGCUUCUGCAGUAAACUGUCACCCAACAAAUGUGUUGUCACUUUUAAGUGUGAAAACUGAGAAUGCACGACACAAAAACAGGUAAAAGUUUAUAUGAUUGUAUCAAAAGUACGGAGUGUUAAAUGUAUCUAGUAACUUUACAGACAAGUUUAAAACCACAGAACAGUAUGUU